AUGUCGAUGUUUCCGUCAUUCCAAUUGCUAGAGCUCAACAUAAUCUCCGCACAGGAUCUAGCUCCCGUCUCCCGUAAAAUGAAGACUUACGCGGUGGCUUGGGUUCACUCCGAGCGCAAACUCACCACCCGCGUCGACUAUUCCGGCGCCGCGAACCCGACUUGGAACGACAAGUUCGUCUUCCGAGUCAGCGAGGAUUUCCUCUACGCAGAUACUUCCGCCGUCGUCGUCGAAAUCUACGCCUUGCAUUGGUUCCGUGACGUUCACGUCGGGACAGUCCGUGUCCUCAUCAGCAACCUCAUCCCUCCAAAUCGCCGUCCCGGAAUCCGAAGCAACGAGGAGUAUCGCCGUACUCCGCCUCCCGGAAUGCGAUUCGUCGCGCUUCAGGUUCGCCGACCAUCCGGUCGUCCUCAGGGGAUUUUGAACAUCGGCGUUGGGAUUCUCGACGGAUCCAUGCGUAGUAUGCCGCUUUACACGAACAUGGACUCGUCUGCAGUUGGUUACAGAGAUUUGCUUGGGGAAGAUGAUCCGCAUCUGCAGAAUCUGCAUCUCAAUAGCUUCAAAGGCAGCUCGAAGAAUCCGCAAUCUCCGGCUUCGAAACAGUUCCAAUCCGUAGUCUCGAGACCGCCGAUGCUCCGCCGCACGAGAAGCGAUACAAGCUCGAUGGUUGUUUCCGAUCUGUUAAGCAGAGCUGAGCGGAGCCGUUUGGCUAACAGAAAGCCUGUGAGCGCGGUGGCGAGCAGUGUAUCGGAUACUGUGCCUACAACGUCGGGACAUCACACGACGACGACGGAUUCGGAGGAGACGGAUUACGAACCGGAUCCGCCGUACAAAACCCCGCAUAUUCCGGGGCAGAGAUACGAUUCGUACGAGCUAGAUUUCGUUGAUCAAUCGGAUAACCACCAUGUGAUGCGGCCGAGGAGUGAGAGAUACGAUGAGUCGCCGUUUCGUUCGUACGAACAUUCACGAAAAACUUCGAGAAGAUCAACGCCGAUGAUCGAGAAACCAAGGCCGCCGAGGGAGUACGACCGCAGCAGCAGCCGGGCUUCUCCGUACUUGCCGAGGCACGGGACGCCGUUUAGAUCGAACAUCGUCGCUUCUACUCCGAUGAGAUCUAACAUGGUUGCAUCAAGUCCAAUACGGUCCACCGGAGUUAGAUCGACUCCUUUACGAUCCAACAUCGUCGGCUCGGCUCCGAUUCGAUCGAAUUACAUGGCCACGCCGAUGAAAUCACCUAUGCAGUUUGGUACACCGAUGAGAUCUAAUUUGGCAGGACGGCCGAUUUUAACGGAAUCGGAGUUAGGUCCGUCGCCUUCAGAAGUAGCGAAUAAGAUGGCGAAAGAGAGAUCACAAGCGAACGACACCGAGAGUUCAAUCCUCAGCGAAUGGAGCCUCGACGACGACAGCAACAUCGAAGGCCUGCGAUCGAAACUCGAGCGGUGGCGGACGGAGCUUCCGCCGCUUUACGAUCUCGGAUCGAGUCACCAAAGCAGCGAUGUAGGGAGCGCGAUUGUUCCCGCAUCGGCCAAUGGAGGCGGUGGAAAAAGCUCGAGACGGAAAACGCCGGCAGUGAAGAAGAAGCAUAACCGCCGUCACACUGAAGGAGGGAACGGCCUUUUCUCAUGUUUCAGUAAUAUCUGCGGCGUGGAAUGCACUUUCGUCUGUGGAGGCGGGUCGGAUCCUGACGGGUCAAAAAAGAAAAGUGGGUCCAAACGUCCACGCUUGGCCUCCGCUUAG